ACACACUACUGUUAAUGGGAUCAGGCCUUUCACACAACCACCGGAGCAGCGUCUCGCCUCAGGCUCAGCAGCAGCCGUCGGCGGCCCGUGUCGUCGCCGCCGACGGCUCGCUGACCGAGUUCCCUGCCUCCUCCCCUGUCAGCGUCUCCGACGUUCUCGGCGACAAUGCGGGCCACCGUUUCUUCGUGUGCAGCUCCGACGCGCUCUACUUCGACGAGGAGGUGCCGGCGCUGGGCGGCGGCGAGCUGCUCCGGCCCGGCCAGAUAUACUUCGUGCUCCCCGCGGCCAUGCUCGGGCGGCCCCUGUCGAGCGCCGACAUGGCAGCCAUGGCGGUGCGCGCGAGCGAGGCCUUGGCGGCGAGAGCACGGCCGCUUGGGCGCGCGCGCGGCGCCGGCGGCGUCAGGAAGUCACGCGUCGCGCCGGUGCACCACGCCGAGACGGGGCUCGGCGAUGUCGUCAACGGCGCAGUAAACGAGAAGCUGAACGAGAGGACACUCGGGGAGGACUCCCUGACAGGCUCUGGUAGCCCGACGAGAAACGGCAAGAGGUCAGCCGUGGCCGCAUCUCCGCCGGCGAAGAGGGCGCUCACGCCGCUGGGCACCAUCGAAGAGGAUGCCGAAUGAAUGAACAAAUGGCAAUAA